GUGAUGACGAACGUGGGAACGGGUUGUCGCCAUGUCGUUUGUUGUGGACUCGGUCAUUAUGUUCUCUUCGCAGGUACUUUUUUUUGGCUUCGGAUGGCUUUUCUUCAUGCGCCAGUUAUUCAAGGACUAUGAGGUCCGACAAUAUGUUGUCCAAAUAGUUUUCUCAGUGAUGUUUGCUUUCUCCUGCACUAUGUUUGAACUCAUCAUCUUUGAGAUUCUGGGUCUCCUAAACAGCAGCUCAAGGUACUUUCAUUGGAAGUUGAAUUUGUACGUCAUACUAGUGGCACUUAUCUUUAUCGUCCCUUUCUACAUCGGCUAUUUUGUGGUCAGCAACAUCCGACUUUUGCAGAGAAAAAGAUUGCUGUUUGCAUGGGUCAUUUGGUUGGCAUUCAUGUACUUUUUCUGGAAGCUCGGAGAUCCAUUUCCUAUCUUAAAUCCAAAACAUGGAAUUCUAUCAAUCGAGCAAUUAAUCAGCCGAGUUGGUGUUAUUGGUGUCACACUGAUGGCAUUGUUAUCAGGUUUUGGUGCUGUUAAUUGCCCAUACACCUACAUGUCUUACUUUCUGAGGAAUGUAACUGAUAGUGACAUUCUUGCACUGGAAAGGCGGUUACUCCAGACCAUGGACAUGAUCAUCAGCAAGAAGAAGAGAAUUGCUAUGACCAGGAGGAUGAUGUACCAGCGUGGAGAAGUACUAAAUAAGCCUGCAGGCUUUUGGGGAAUGAUCAAAAGUGUGACAUCAUCAUCUUCCAAUGGUGAAAAUCUCUCACAUAUUCAGCAGGAAGUAGAUGCUCUGGAAGAAUUGAGCCGACAUUUAUUUCUUGAAACAGUUGAUCUUCAUGCAACAAAGGAAAGAAUUGAAUAUUCAAAAACAUUCCAAGGAAAAUAUUUUAAUUUUUUGGGGUACUUUUUCUCUAUAUACUGUGUCUGGAAAAUCUUUAUGGCAACAAUAAAUAUUGUCUUUGAUCGUGUUGGUAAAACAGACCCAGUCUCACGAGGUAUAGAGAUCACAGUGAACUAUCUGGGCAUUCAGUUUGAUGUGAAGUUUUGGUCUCAACACAUCUCCUUCAUCCUUGUGGGAAUAAUUAUCGUCACCUCCAUCCGGGGCUUACUGAUCACUCUCACCAAGUUCUUUUACGCAAUUUCCAGCAGUAAGUCUUCCAAUGUUAUAGUGCUUGUCCUUGCACAGAUUAUGGGCAUGUAUUUUGUGUCGUCGGUGUUGCUCAUGAGGAUGAGCAUGCCCCUGGAAUAUCGCACCAUCGUCACGGAGGUCCUUGGCGAGCUGCAGUUCAGCUUCUACCAUCGCUGGUUUGAUGUCAUCUUCCUGGUCAGUGCGCUGUCCAGCAUUGUCUUCCUUUACCUCGCACACAAACAAGCUCCAAAGAAGCAGAUGAACUUUUAGAAACACCAAGAUCCCAGGCGCUCUGAUUCUAUGCUCUUGCCUGCUGUGUAAUCCAAAUCUGGAGGUCUUCCUGAGGAUGCUGAGAAGACUUGAAGGACAGCAGUAUUCAGUGAAGCACAUUAGGGAUUGCAGAACUCUGAACAAAGGGUCCUUUGAUGCAAAGAAUUUGAAACGUUUAACUUCAAGGUGUAAAGAAACAAAAGCACUGCUAAAGUGUGCAUACUUUUGAACUGAACUCACACACACAAACUUCGGUUGACUGGUGCAGUUUAUUCUUGUCAAGUACAAUAGUAAGAAAUAUUCUAAACGAGUGAUAAAUUUUGCAUUGAUUUUAAUGGGGAAAAAAAACGGGGAAAGUCAUUUCUCAGUUUAGUCUCAGUGAACAAGGAUACAGGCUGAAUUCUCCCGUAACUGUCAUUAACAGGUAAUACCAAGGCACCCAUGACUUUGCACAGGAAAGUCACACUUCGUGAUUUUCCCACUUUGGUUUACUUUGUGAAUUAUAUUUCCACUGAAAGAAAUGGAAAUGCAAGUCUUAGUGAGUCCUGGUUUCUGGUACCUGAAGUAUGGAGAGCUGCUGAUGUUUACCUCAUGUGCCUCAAUGGUGUCACACUGGAUAUAGGUUUACUGUUUGUCAAACUAGUCUUCUGACACCUGGAGUAUAUAAAGCUCAAAUUCUUUGAAUAAAUGAGAUUCGAUAUCACUUCUGAUCUUUAGGUGAUGGUGUAUAUGGAAUGCUUUGUCCCAGAAGGCUGUAGAGGCCAAGUCUCUGGAUGCUUUCAAGAAAGAGAUGGAUAGAGCUCCUAAAGAUAGCGGAAUCAAAGGUUAUGGGGAUAAGGCAGGAACUGGAUACUGAUUGUGGAUGAUCAGCCAUGAUCACAGUGAAUGGCGGUGCUGGCUCGAAGGGCCGAAUGGCCUGCUCCUGCACCUAUUGUCUAUUGUCUAUUGUUAACAGAAGGCACUAGUACACUAGAAUGGGGGUAUCUAUAAUCCUGCAAUGUACAUCAUCUGUGUCGAUUUUGCAUGAGUUGGUGCUGUGUGAGAUGUGAGUUUGUCAGUACACCCCAUCCCUCUAACCCAGGGUUGGUCCGUGGCAUGAAAGAGAUUGGGAACCCCUGCUCUAACCCCUCACAACAAACAGUCUUCUGGAAGUACUCAGUGGGUCAAACAACAUUUGUAGAAGGAAAGGAAUUGUAUUGGAAUUGUUAAUUAUUGUCACAUGCAUCAUGAUACAAAGAAAAGCACAGUGCAUUGAGCUAGAAUAAGGUAAAACAAUAACGGAGUGUAAAAGCUACUGAAAAAAGUGCAAUACAGGUAAAUGAUAAAGUGCAGGAUCAUAACAAGGUAGACUGUGAGGCCAAGAGUCCAUCUUAUCUUACAAGAGGUCCAUUCAAGAGCCUAAUAGCAAUGGGAUAGAAGCUGUCCUUGAGCCUGGUGGUAUAUGCUUUUGGGCUUUUGUAUCUUUGGCUCAAUGGGAGAGAGAAGAAAAGAGAAUUGGAUUGGUGGGUCUUUGAAAAUGUUGGCUGCUUUACUGAGGCAGUGAGAACUGUAGACAAAGUCCAUGGAGGGGAAGUUGAUUUCCAUGAUACUCUGAGCUGUGCACACAGCUCUCUGCUGUUUCUUAUGGUCGCAUACAAAACUGUUUUGCAUUCAGACAGAGUUCUUUCUAUGGUGCAUUGAUAAAAGUUGGUAAGAGUUGACAAGGAAAUGUCGAAUUUCUUUAGCCUCCCUGAGAAAUUAAAGGCAUCAGUGAGCUUUCUUUGCUGUGAUAUUAACGCAUCGAAGCUUCGGGUCAAAACACUGCAUCCAGCAGGUUGAUCGUUGUUCCAGAUUCCAAAUCUGCAGUCUCUUGUGUUCCUUAUUCCUCUGAAAGUGUUCCUAUUCUGAGAGUGCUCAUAUACAGUAGUCUCCCAUAAAAUUGAAAAGGUCCAAUAAAUUAAGAACAUUGUGUGCAGAAGUCAUAUUUAGGACAGUUAGCCAGAGCUAAAAGAGACAUUCAAAGUGGAGUGAGAGUGCUUUAGUUGUCUGAACGAUCAGACAAAGUCCUGUUAUUUGGCUGGGGGUCCUUCCACAGCCAUUUCCUGCUCUUGCCUGACACUGGGCUUGAGUUAAUUGCCUCCCUUAGAUUUUGUGUUAACUUUCCAGCCAUUUUUGUUCUCCAUCCUCAACACCCAGGUAUCAACAUAUCUUUCAUCUCGUGUUAACUUAUCAAAUGCAUACGUCAUCCACAAUUGGGUGAGCUCCAACAGCCAGCUGAAAAGGAUUGGGAGUCAAAUAUCUUUUUCACACAGUGGAUUCCCUGAUGAGCAGUCAUUGCCAUUCUCUGUAAAAUACCAUGGCUCCGGGAACAGCUCAGGCUAGAUAUCCUGUUGUGAGAGUCUCAUCUCCUGACACCCAAAGGCAUUCCCCCAUCGAAAAGACACAAGUCAGCAGUGUGACCGAAUGCUGUCCACUUGCCUGGAUGAAUGCAAUGCUAACAACUCUCUAAAAGGCCAAAGCAGUUCAUCCACCACCCUAAACAGUCAUUCACUUCAGCACCACUGCACGUGUAGAAGUAACAGAACAUAUUGCAGUCACUUGCCUAAAUUACUCCGAAGGCAGCUACUAAGUGGAUAAGGGCGGCCAGCAUGCGGAACGCUACCAGGUUCCUGCAUGGUAAUCUGAAAUAAAUCACCAUCUGACUCAGAGUGGCUCUCAGUUGACAGACUGCUGUAGUUAGCCAGCAGCUCAACACCACUUUAACAACAUAAAGGGAAGUAAAACUUGGAAAUAGGCCAUUUGGCUCCGGUGUCUGUGCUGAAUAUGAUGCUAAUUUAAGCUGCACAACUGCCUGACAAUGCUCCAUAUUCCUCAAUCACCUACCUGUCUAAAUUCCACUUAAUAUUGCUAACAUGAUUACCUUCAAGCAGGUGAUUAGGGAUUGUCAAUAGGUUCUGGCUCUUGUCAGUGACGCACUCCUUCAAUGACAAUUUUUUAAAUUGCAUUUUAAUUCACACAUGUGCACACAUGCACUUUGUCACCACUUUAUUAGGUACACCUGUAUAACUGCUUGUUAAUGCAAAUAUUUAAUCAGCCAAUCAUAUGUCAGCAACUCAUUGCAUAAAAGCAUGCAGUCAUGGUUAUGAGGUUCAGUUGUUGUUCAAACCAAACAUCAGAAUGGGGAAGAAAUGUGAUCUAGGUGACUUUGACCAUGGAGUGAUUGUUGGCGCCAGACAGAAUGGUUUGAAUAUCUCAGAAACUGCUGACCUCCUGGGAUUUUCAUGCACAACAGCCUCUAGAGUUUACAAAGAAUGGUGCAAUAUAUAAAAAACAUCCAGUGAGCAGCAGCCUGGUGUCAAAAUGAUUUGCUAAUGAGAGAGGUUAGAGGAAAGUGGCUAGACUGGUUCAAGCAGACAGGAGGGUGACAGUAACUCAAAUAACCACACAUUACAACACUGGUGUGCAGAAGAAUACCUUUGAACGUGCAACACGUCAAACCUUGAAAUGGAUGGGCUACAGCAGCAGAAGACUACAAACAUACGCUCAGUGGUUGCUCUAUUAGGUAUGGGAGGCACUUAAUAAAGUGGUUACAGAGUGUAAGUGCAUCUGCUAGACAUGAAUUAGAGAUUUAAAGAUAAAACUUGCUUCAAUCUCUCCCCCCAAUCCUACCGGAAACCAUUUCUAAAUCUAUUUCUUUACCUGAAGAUUAAAAAAAAGAUUAACCAGUUCUUGGCCUAUUGUUGCAAUCUAAUAUUUCACCCAUUACCUGUCCAUAGCUGUAUUAUGCCUUUUGCUUUUGUUUCGUUCACCCAGCUUCUAUCAAAAUGCUUGUCUUUCACUUUUGAAAAUGACAUUUUUGGAA